GCGGCGGUGCCCGGGAGGAUGCCGGGGAAGCGGGGCUCGGCGGGCGGCGGCGGCGGCAGCGAGCUCCCGGGGGCCGGCGCGCCGCGGCAGCGGAGGCGGCGGAGGAAGGUCUCCUGCUUCUCCAGCAUCCAGCUCUUCCUGGUGUCCGAGUGCGCCCUGAUGCUGGCCCAGGGCACGGUGGGAGCCUACCUGGUGAGUGUUUUAACCACCUUGGAGCGGCGAUUCAACCUUCAGAGUGCUGAUGUGGGUGUCAUUGCCAGCAGCUUCGAGAUUGGCAACCUGGCUCUCAUCCUCUUCGUGAGCUACUUCGGAGCCCGAGGACACCGGCCACGCUUGAUAGGAUGUGGAGGGAUAGUCAUGGCCUUGGGUGCCCUCCUUUCCGCGUUGCCUGAAUUUCUGACCCACCAGUACGAAUAUGAAUCGGGAGAAAUACGCUGGGGGGCUGAAGGGAGGGACGUGUGUGCUGCCAACGGGUCCACCAGUGAUGAGGGACCAGACCCGGACCUUAUCUGCAGGAAUAGGACUGCUACCAACAUGAUGUACUUGCUGCUCAUUGGAGCACAGGUCCUCCUGGGCAUUGGUGCUACCCCUGUCCAGCCCCUGGGAGUUUCCUAUAUUGAUGACCACGUGAGGCGGAAAGAUUCCUCCCUGUACAUAGGGAUCCUGUUUACGAUGCUGGUAUUUGGACCAGCCUGUGGAUUUAUCUUGGGCUCCUUCUGUACCAAAAUCUAUGUGGAUGCUGUCUUCAUUGACACAAGUAAGCUGGACAUAACCCCAGAUGACCCUCGGUGGAUCGGUGCGUGGUGGGGAGGCUUCCUGCUCUGUGGUGCCUUACUCUUCUUCUCGUCCCUGCCGAUGUUCGGGUUCCCACAGUCCUUGCCCCCGCGGCCAGAGCACGCCGGGGAGAGCGAGCAGGCCAUGCUUCCCGAGAGGGACUACGAGAGACCCAAGCCGAGCAACGGGGUCCUGCGGCACACACUGGACGGGGAGAGCAGCACGACCUGCUUCCAGCAACUGCGAGUGAUCCCCAAAGUAACUAAGCACUUGCUCUCCAAUCCCGUCUUCACCUGUAUCAUCCUGGCAGCCUGCAUGGAGAUUGCGGUGGUGGCCGGCUUUGCCGCCUUCCUGGGAAAGUACCUGGAGCAGCAGUUCAACCUCACCACCUCAUCUGCCAACCAGCUGCUGGGGAUGACAGCAAUCCCAUGCGCCUGUCUGGGCAUAUUCCUGGGUGGCCUCUUGGUGAAGAAGCUCAGCCUGUCUGCUCUGGGAGCCAUCAGGAUGGCCAUGCUGGUGAACCUGGUGUCCACAGCUUGCUACGUGUCUUUCCUGUUCCUGGGAUGUGACACAGGACCUGUGGCAGGGGUUACUGUUCCCUAUGGAAACAACUCAACUCCAACCUCAUCUCUGGACCCAUAUUCCCCCUGCAAUAACAACUGUGAAUGCCAAACUGAUUCCUUCACUCCAGUCUGUGGGGCAGACGGGGUCACAUACUUAUCUGCCUGCUUUGCUGGCUGCAGCAGCACGAACCUCAGUGGCUGUUCGUGCCUCACCUCAGUUCCUGCCGAAAAUGCCACAGUCGUUCCCGGCAAAUGCCCCAGUCCCGGCUGCGAAGAGGCCUUCUUGACAUUCCUCUGCGUGAUGUGUGUUUGCAGCAUGAUCGGGGCCAUGGCGCAGACGCCAUCAGUCAUCAUACUCAUCAGAACCGUGAGCCCCGAACUCAAGUCUUACGCUUUGGGGGUGCUUUUCCUGCUUCUCCGUUUGCUAGGUUUUAUCCCACCUCCGCUGAUCUUUGGGGCUGGAAUUGACUCCACGUGUCUGUUUUGGAGCACGUUCUGUGGCGAGCAAGGAGCCUGCGCGCUGUACGACAACGUGGUGUAUAGAUACCUGUAUGUUAGUAUUGCUAUAGCCUUGAAGUCUUUUGCAUUCAUCUUGUAUACAACCACCUGGCAGUGCUUGAGGAAAAACUAUAAAAGAUACAUCAAGAACCACGAAGGUGGUCUCAGCACUAGUGAGUUUUUUGCCUCUACUCUCACCCUAGACAAUCUGGGGCGGGACUCGGUGGCCCAAAAUCAAUCACAUAGGACAAAAUUUAUCUAUAACCUUGAAGAUCAUGAGUGGUGUGAAAAUAUGGAGUCUGUUUUAUAGUGACUGUGGAGGGGUGAACUAUAUUAAUAAUACAAGGGUCCUUUUUAAUAAAAACAAGAAGAAAGCACGAAUGAAAAAACACAACUGCAAAACAACAACGGCAACACAGGAAACUUUUGUCUUUUUCUCAAAGUCAGACCCAGCCAGGAUUCUUGAGAACAGCAUCUUGUAAUGGGAUCACUUGUGACAUCCUGCGGGGUGAUGGAGAAAGCAGGGAGCCGCUGUGGCUGGGUACCAGCCCCUUUGAUGACAGUACGAGCUUCCAAGAAGGGCAUCUGCAGAGGUUCAUCGGAGAGCUCAGCAAGCGGACAGGCUUGAGCAUGAGGCAUAGAGAAGGCAAGGUGAUAACGGCAAUGCCCGGAAUAGGCGUUUGCGGUUGCAGACAUGGUCCCAGGGAUAUGUGGAGGCCCGCAGUGUGGGCUGAAGGGUUAGCUGGUCUGGGUGCUGUUCAAACCUACUGCGCUCUGUGAUGGCAAAGAGGGAGCGGUGCUGGAGUUGUUCCACCAGUCAUACUCUGUCACCAGCCGCGAGUCCACGAUAAAUACCUUGAAAGCUGCUGGAAACCUCCCAGGUGGCGAGCAAUGCUGUCGGAGGUAUCCGAGUCCUUCCAGCCGAGGCUUAUUCGCAGAUUGCAGCUUUGUGGUUGUCUGUGAAUAGCUGUGCUCAGAUCUCUCAAACCCAGUAAAGUUCAAGACAUUUGCUCACACUUGCCAAAUGUGCUGUCAUUUUUAAAGGGGGAUGAAUUCCAAAUACUUGUCUGUGUAGUCCUCUAAUAAGAUUUUUUUAAAACUUAUUUUCAAAUCUGUGUUAACCCUUAAAUCGCUGACACUUUUCCAUAGGGAGGAUUUAUUUAUGCUACUUUGGGGAAGAGUCCUGUUUAAUUCACCCAAACAUAAUGUGACUCAAGGGGUUUGUUUAAUCCUCUGCGUUUUUUAUCCAUACGCCUUCAUUCUAAUAUGCUACCAAGCCAAUGAAGACACAUAAUAUGUUUUUAAAAAAGAGAACGAAUGCACUGUGUCUCUAUAAAAACAAUUGCCAGUUGGAGAAUUAUAGAUAAUAUGAUGAUUUACAUAACAUAGUUUUUUCAUAUUCUCUGUGACUCAGUGAAUACAUAUAUAUAUGGAGAAGCUGUUUAUGUUCUCUCCAGUUUUUAAAGAGAUAUAUAUAUAA